GGAGCGUCACCGACUGGUGGAGUGCUUGGUUAAACUUUCUUUUUGUUUCACUUUACAUGGCUGCCCGCUGUUUCUUUACAACGCCAUUGCAAUGUCCAACGGAGAAGAUUGCACCAGUGGCGAAGUGACCGCAUCUCUUGGCCUCCAGCGCAAGAAUCAGAAGUUGGUGUGAACAAUACUCUUCCGGAUUGGCGUAAAGUGUUGCAGUCUCAAAACAGUUGUGAAAAGCAAGUCCUACGAGCUGAGUAGAACCUGUACAGGGAUAUUUGGUUGUUUGCUGCUGUAGCACAAUUUCCUUGCAUCACGGAGUGUUCGAGUUUGCUGCUACGCGAGGGAAAAGUGUCCACUUGAACCGCGGCCUUGUAGUUACAGUUGAGAAGGUAAGACCGUGGCUGACGAAACGGUUGACCUGCCCGAAGACGCUGGCGAAAUACGGGAAGAGACGGAUCAAGGGGAAAGUGAAUCGCUCAUCGCAGCCGAGAAAACACCAUCGGUGCCGGAGAGUUCAACAUCAGGAAUAGUAGAAGGUACAUCACCGAGUCGGGCGAAGGAACCGUCGAAGGAUAUUGGAACAAUAAACUACCCAGCUGAUUUACGAAACGACGACAGUACUAUCAGUCGUAACGAAACAACUAAGCCUGCGUUAGGUUCAACGACACAAAAGCCACCGAAGCAGCACUCCGUAUUGGAGUCAACUGUCGAAAAGGAGGAGAAAGAGAUCAAUUGUCAUACCGGUGUCGAUAGGUUGCGCCAUCGCAAUUCGAAUAGAGAGUCGUCUGAACACAAGAAGCAUACAGUACAGCCGCAAACUGAGGUUCAGGCAAUGCCAUCGGCAGUUAGUGGCGGCGGAGGUCACGGAGGUGGAGGUGGUGGUGGCGGAGGAAACAUGAACCCACAAACAAACGAAGAGUGUGGCAUUCGGGAUGUAUGGCGACAUAAUCUGGACGAAGAGUUCCGCACAAUACGCCACGUAGUGCAGAAGUAUCAUUACGUCGCGAUGGACACUGAGUUCCCGGGCGUGGUCGCCCGUCCGGUCGGCGAUUUCCGGUCUCCGGCGGACUACCAGUACCAGUGUUUGCGGUGUAACGUGGAUCUGCUGCGCAUUAUCCAACUCGGGCUAACCUUCAUGGACGACGACGGGCGCACGCCGGCCGGCUUUUCGACAUGGCAGUUCAACUUCAAGUUCAAUCUCAGCGAGGAUAUGUACGCACAGGACUCGAUUGACUUGCUACUCAACUCGGGUAUACAGUUCAAGAAGCACGAGGAGGACGGCAUCGAUCCGUUGGACUUCGCCGAGCUGCUGAUCACGUCGGGUAUCGUGCUGAUGGAUAACAUCAAGUGGCUUAGCUUCCACUCGGGAUACGAUUUUGCCUACCUGCUGAAGCUGCUCACCGACCAGAACCUGCCGGUGGAGGAGGGCGACUUUUUCGAGCUGCUGCGAAUCUACUUCCCAACCAUCUAUGACGUGAAGUAUCUAAUGAAGUCGUGCAAAAACCUGAAGGGCGGUCUGCAGGAGGUCGCCGACCAGCUGGAAUUGCGACGCGUCGGUCCGCAGCAUCAGGCCGGCUCGGACUCGCUGCUUACGGGAAUGGCUUUCUUCAAAAUGCGUGAGAUGUUCUUUGAGGAUAAUAUCGAUAAUGCGAAAUAUUCUGGUCACCUGUACGGUCUCGGCACGCCGUUCGUUGCGAACGGUAACAGCACGAACACGGGUAGCAGUGGCGGAGGUGGUGGCAGCGGGGGUACCGGUGGUGGCAACAGUGCAACUGGCGGCAGUGGCGUAGGCGGCGGCUCCUCCGGUGCCGGUACGGGCAACACCAGCAGCAACACGACCACGGGUAGCAGCGCGAAUAACAGCAACAGUAAACCGGAACGAUAAACGACAUGAUGGAUGGAUAGAAGGACGGAUGGACGGACCGGAUGAAUGGGACCCGGAAGGCGAUACGCGUAUAAACGGCGGCGUACACUGUACCCCCUUUUUCUCGUUUGCGUGGUGGCAGCAGUUGGAUGUCUGAGUUGGUGUGGUGGCAGUCCCUGGGAUAUGCCUUCAUCAAGAAACCAUCUACACCGCAUCACCGGCUGGUUGUAUUCGGGAAUACAGAAUGUACAGAGUGUUUUCCGUCGUGUCGUUGGUUUGAAGAUGGGAAACCAUUGCAGCUGGUGAGCUGGUGGUUUCGCGGCGGUGUGGGAGAAAGUAGAAUUAGGUUUAAAGCGUUUAUUUCAAUGACUCGUGAAAAGUGAUGUGACGUGUGAGGGGCGAAAAAUAUAAAAUAAAAUUGUCAACAAUUAGUCGAAACAUGGUUGUA